CAAGUAGAGGUCUCUCUCACAAUGCAGUGAGAAUUGGCAUAAAGAAAGACGAUUCGAGUAGCUAUAGGGCAUAAAGAAAGACUUGCGAGGUCAAGUAGAGCUCUCUCUCAUGAUGCAUUGAGAAUUGGAAAAUUGAGCCAUUGACUAGCAGAAAUCUAGUAGAAAAUUGAGCUAGCUACCUCCUCAAGGGCUUGAGUCGAGUUCCAGAUUUACAAGUGAAGGUUUUGUUCAUUGUGUUGCCAGUGGUCAUAGUCCUCUGCUUCGAUUACAAGUGUGGAAAUUGUUGAAGCAGUGAGGUGAAUUGAUGGCAGAAAUAACCAAUGAUACUUUGGUCAAUAUCGACGAACUAGCAGCUUCAAUGAGAGGGGAGUUAGACAGCUUGCCUGUUCUGUCCUCAAAGUGUUGCAUCUACACAGUUCCUAAGCGACUGCAUCAUUUGAACGAAAAGGCUUACACUCCUCAACUGGUCUCAAUUGGGCCACUGCACCAUGGCAAACCAGAACUAAGACCGAUGGAAGAGCAUAAAAAGAGGUACCUUCAAGAUUUUCUUCAAAGGACAAAGUUGAGUCUGGUGGAUUAUCUUAAAGUCAUAGAGAAAAAUGAGAAAAAACUACGAGAUUGUUAUGCGGAAACCAUAGAAUUUAGCAGUGAUGAGUUCAUAAAAAUGAUUCUAGUGGAUGCUGCCUUCAUCAUUGAAGUCUUGUUGAGGUAUCAUUUCAAACCAAUGCGAAAGGAAAAGGAAAAUGAUCGAGUAUAUAAUAAACCAUGGGCGAUACAAGAUAUAAGGAAAGAUAUGUGGUUACUUGAAAAUCAGCUUCCUUUCUUUAUUCUGGAGGAUCUUUUUGAUCCUGCAAGAAUAACCUUGCCGUCUGGCAGCAAUCAAAUGCUUUCAAUCACCAAGCUUGCCUAUGAGUUCUCAAAAGAUUUGUGGGACUUGGAGGAAAUGGAGGAGAAAUCUCAGAAAAACAAAUCCCCUAAAGUACAACAUCUAGUUGAUUUUUUAUGGAUUUGCCAUCAACCUCCUCAGUCGAAAUCCAAGAAGAAACUUAAAACUCUGGGCAUACCCAGUGCAACAGAGCUCCAUCAGGCUGGGGUCAAGUUCAAGCUGGGGUCAAGCAAAAACUUAUUUGACAUAAAAUUCAAGAAUGGGAUUUUGGAGAUACCCAGAUUGGAAAUAGUCGGUGCGACAGAGCUGUUAUUCAGAAAUCUGCUGGCAUUUGAGCAAUGCCAUUGUUCUAAGAACUACAUAAAUGACUAUGUCAUCAUUAUCAAUCACCUUGUCAACACGGCUAAGGAUGUGGAAUUACUUGUUAAAGAUGGAAUUGUUGAGAACUGGCUCUGGGAUGAUGAAGGGAUGUCUGCUCUUUUUCAUAGCCUUGUCAAAGAGACUUUUGUCAUGGUCGACCAUUUCCAUUUUUCUGGUCUGGUUGAAGAGCUGAAUGCAUACUGCAGAAAACCUUGGCACAAGUGGCAGGCAACCUUAAAACAGCAUUACUUCAAUAAUCCAUGGUCCAUCAUUUCAUUUAUCGCUGCUGUCAUUCUACUUGUACUCACUACUAUACAAGCAGUGUGUUCUAUUUUGUCAGUGUAGGUACUACCAAACUGAUUUUCAUAGUGUUUUAAGUUGCUUUGAGUUGAGCAGACUGCGAAGCUUUACCUUGUGAUUGCAGUCUCUAUUCUGUUGUCAAUGUUGAUUUUGUCUAAUGACUCUGUUCCUGUAA